AUGGCCGUGGAGAACGGGGCUGCCGCCAUGGCCGUCACGGUCACCGGCACCCGCACGGUGGCGCCGGCCAAGACCAAGGUCACCCUCGCCACCUUCGACCUCCCCUACAUCACCUUCUACUACAACCAGAAGCUGCUCCUCUACCGCCUCGCCCCCGGCGCCGGCGACUUCCAGGACGUCACGGCCCGCAUGGCCGACGCGCUCGGGGACGCGCUCGCCUACUUCUACCCGCUCGCCGGCCGGAUCCGCCAGGAGAAGGGCGACGGCGGCGCGCUGUACGUGGACGGAGAGGAGGGCGCGGAGGUCGUCGAGGCCGCCGCCGAGGGCGUCUCCGUCGACGAGCUCGCCGGCGAGGCCUGCGGCGAGGAGGCGGAGAGGCUCAUGCAGCAGCUCAUUCCCUACACCGGCGUCAUGAACCUUGAGGGGCUUCACCGCCCGCUGCUCGCGGUCCAGUUCACCAAGCUCAAGGACGGCCUCGCCGUGGGCUGCGCCUUCAACCACGCAGUGCUGGACGGCACCGCCACGUGGCACUUCAUGACCUCCUGGGCGGAGCUCAGCCGCGGCGCCGCCGCCCCCUCGGUGCUCCCCGUCCACAACCGGUCCAUGGCGCGCUCCGUCCGCGUCGGCCUCACCCUGCCGGCCUCCGCCGAGGCCCACGAGGCGACGGACCCCAACGGGCCAAAGAAGCCGCUGGUGGCCCGCGUCUUCGCCUUCCCGGAGGACGCCGUGGCGCGCAUCAAGGCCGCCGCCAACGCCGUGCUCCCCCCCGGCGCCAAGCCCUUCUCCACCUUCCAGUCCCUGGGCGCCCACAUCUGGCGUGCCGUCUCCCGCGCGCGGGGGCUGGGCCCCGCCGACAUCACCGUCUUCGCGGUCUUCGCCGACUGCCGCGCCCGCCUCGACCCGCCGGUGCCCGCGGCAUACUUCGGGAACCUCAUCCAGGCGGUGUUCACGGGCGUCCCCGCGGGGAUGCUCCUGGGCGGGCCGCCGGAGCUGGCGGCCGGGAUGCUGCAGAAGGCCAUCGACGAGCACGACGCGGCCGCCGUCACGCGGAGGCUGGACGAGUACGAGGCGGCGCCCAAGCUCUUCCACUACAGCGACGCCGGGCCCAACUGCGUGGCCGUGGGCAGCUCGCCGCGUUUCAAAGUGUACGACGUCGACUUCGGCUUCGGCAGGCCCGACCGCGUCCGCAGCGGCGGGAACAACAAGUUCGACGGGAUGGUGUACCUCUACCCCGGCCGCGGCGGCGUCAACGGCGGCGGCAUCGACGUGGAGCUGGCGCUGCAGCCGGAGCCCAUGCAGAACCUCGAGAAGGACGACCAAUUCCUGCAGGUCGCCGCCGCCUGAUCGGGCCGACCUGCGCGUCGCUGCUGCCUGCUGCAUUAAUUAGUGAGCUUGAUUAAGUAAGCGAGAGUUUGAGAUUUAUAUGUUGCUUUGCCUAUGUAUGUACGCAACGUACGCAGGUGAUGUGUGUGUGCCCUAGCCUAGCAAGCUUCGUUAUUUCGGUCGUUAUCGUUACUAGCGUGUGUUGAUUUGCUCCACUUGAAUAAGGAAAGGAUCGAUUAGUUUGUGUAAGCCACGAUCCUCCUGGUCAUGUAAUGUGUAUU